UCCGCAAGAAAAUCACAAACACGUGAAGCUCGCCUCCUUCUUACUUGUACGCCAUUCCCUUUAACACAUCCAAUAAAUACGCAGAGUUGAAGUUUAAUUGAGAGAAGGCGGGAAGGCAUGGCAAAUGCGGCGAUAGUGAAUAUGAAUAUGAAUAUGAUGAGCACUACUAUGCCAACAGUGUCGCUCAAGUCUUCCGCGUCCGGGCACAGCGUUCGAAUGCCCAUACUUGGUAUGGGCACGGCGGCCGACCCAUUUGACGCGUCCGCCUUGAAAGCCGCAGUACCCGAGGCCAUCAGGCUUGGUUACCGCCAUUUCGACACCGCUGCAUCAUAUGGCUCCGAGCAACCUCUCGGAGAAGCCAUUGCAGAAGCACUAGAGCUCGGCCUCUUGAGUUCUAGGGAGGAGGUCUUCGUAACAUCCAAGCUCUGGUGUGGCGAUGCCCAUCCUAAUACAGUCCUUCCUGCUCUCCGCAACUCUCUCAGAACAUUGAAGCUGGAGUACCUGGACCUGUAUCUCGUACACUGGCCCAUCAGCCUAAAGCCAGGAAAAGACGACUUCUCCAUACACAGCAGCGACCUGGUUCCAAUGGACUUAGAGUCCGUUUGGGGAGGCAUGGAGGAAUGCCAAAGACUCGGCCUGGCCAGAGCAAUUGGCGUCUGCAACUUCUCUUGCAAGAAGCUCCAAAACCUUCUCUCUUUCUCCAAAAUCCCUCCCGCAGUGAACCAAGUGGAGAUGAGCCCGGUGUGGCAGCAGAGGAAGCUGAGAGAAUUCUGCAAUUCGAAUGGGAUCGUAGUGACGGCCUACUCUCCUCUGGGAGCGAAGGGCGCGUCGUGGGGGACCAGCCAGGUGAUGGACUGCGAAAUUCUCAAGGACAUUGCGGAGGCCACGCACAGGACGGUGGCGCAGGUAUCUCUGAGAUGGGUGUACGAACAAGGGGUGACCCUGCUGGUGAAGAGCACCAACAAGAGGAGAAUGGAAGAGAAUCUGUCCAUUUUUGAUUGGGCGUUGACGGAGGAGCAUCACCGCAGCAUAAAUCAGAUCAAGCAGCAGAGAGGGCUGUCUAGGCACGAUUUCAUCUCCGCCCAUGGGCCCUACAAAUCUAUUCAACAACUAUGGGACGGGGAGUUGUGAUUCUAAUUCUCCCCUUCUAACCAGUCCAUUUCUGAAACCCAAAUCAACUCUUGUCAAAGUUUGAACCAGUAUAAUGAAAUGGGCCAGCGGCCCAACGCUGUUUCAACAAAAA